GCUGCUGGCAUCGCCAACGACCAACCAACUAUCCAGUGCCUCUUCACCUACUCGUCUCGCGUUCUGCAUCCUGCCCUCGUCGACGUCUGCAUAAAAGUUCCACCACGUUCCACCCCGGCUUAUAACACCCGCACGCUUGACGCCGAGGAGGUGUCUUCAGGCGCACAGUUGACGCCAAAUACUAAUAGGACUCCUGUCUCGUUACCUCCCUGGCAUCUUCUUCGAUACUACUACCAUGUCUCAGAUCGCCGACGUUCCUGCUGCAUUCUCGCCGUUGGUGAAAUUGAACUUGCCCCCUCCUGAAGAAUACCGCAAGCGCAAGGUCGCGCUCAUCUCCGGUAUUACUGGGCAAGAUGGAUCAUACUUGACCGAGCUACUCCUGUCGAAGGGCUAUGAGGUCCACGGCAUCAUCCGUCGCUCUUCAAGCUUCAACACGAGCCGUCUGCACCAUCUUUACUCAGACCAACACGAACGGCCCAACAAGUUCAAGUUGCACUACGGCGACCUAAGCGACAGCACGAAUCUCGUGUACAUCAUCGCACAGGUACAGCCGACCGAGGUGUACAACCUCGGCGCGCAGUCGCACGUCAAGGUCUCGUUCGAGAUGGCCGAGUACACGGGCAAUGUCGACGGACUGGGCACGCUUCGCCUGCUCGACGCGAUCCGGACGUGCGGGCUGGACAAGCAUGUGCGCUUCUACCAGGCGUCGACGUCCGAGCUCUAUGGCAAGGUUGUCGAGACACCCCAGAGCGAGACGACCCCCUUCUAUCCACGCAGCCCGUACGGCGUCGCGAAGCUGUACGCGUUCUGGAUCACCGUCAAUUACCGCGAAGCAUACGGAAUGUAUGCUUGCAACGGCAUCCUCUUCAAUCACGAGAGUCCGCGUCGGGGGCGGACGUUUGUCACGCGCAAGAUCUCGCGCGCGGCUGCAGACAUCUCGUUGGGCAAGCAGUCCUGCCUCUACCUCGGUAAUAUAGACGCGCAGCGUGACUGGGGACACGCUGCUGACUACGUAGAGGGGAUGUGGCGAAUGCUGCAGCAGGACGGCCCGGAGGACUUCGUCCUCGCCACAGGUGAGACGCACCCUGUCCGCGAGUUCGUCGAGAAGGCGUUCGGCCUACUUGGCAUGGAGAUCAAAUGGCGAGGCUCCGGGACAAACGAGGAAGGCAUCGACGCUAAGACAGGCAAGGUGGUCGUCAAGGUCGACCCGGGGUAUUUCCGUCCCGCUGAAGUCGACCUUCUGCUCGGAAACCCUGCAAAAGCCGAGCGCCUGCUCGGCUGGAAGCGCAAGGUCGACUUCGACUCGCUCGUGAAAGAGAUGGUAGAGGCCGAUCUGAAAGCGGCGAAGUCACUCGUUGAGGAUCAGAACUGAGCGAACGGCUGAGCACGGUUCUUGCUUGGAUACGGACUUAAAGAGCAAGCGUCUAGAUACCAAAGAAAUGGUGUCGUAUGUAGUAGAUAUGCAUACUAGUAUCUAUGUAAUAUCUAGUUGAACCCUGCAUCCGUCCGCGACACGUAAGAGCCGCUUGGUAGUAUUUUC